AUGGAGAUUUCUUCCCAUCAGUCCCACCUCCUGCAGCAGUUAAACGAGCAGCGGCAGCAGGACCUCUUCUGCGACUGCAGCAUCCUGGUGGAGGGGAAGGUCUUCAGAGCCCACCGCAAUGUGCUCUUUGCCAGCAGCGGCUACUUCAAGAUGCUCCUCUCCCAGUGCUCCAAGGAGGCUGGCCAGCCCACCACGGCCACUUUCCAGGCCUUUUCCCCGGAGACCUUCUCGGUGAUUCUGGAUUUUGUGUAUUCGGGCAAACUCUCCCUCACCGGCCAGAACGUGAUCGAGGUGAUGUCGGCCGCCAGCUUCCUUCAGAUGACCGACGUCAUCAGCGUCUGCAAGACCUUCAUCAAGUCCUCCCUGGACAUCAGUGAGAAGGAGAAGGACCGCUAUUUCAGCCUCUCGGACAAGGAGGUCAGCUCCAACGGGGUGGAGCGCUUGUGCUUGUACAGUGCCGGCUGGAGAGCGGAGUCCAGCCCCCCCCACUCCCACCUGAGCCCCGACCGAGGGACGUGCAUGAUCAACAGCAACUCUUGGACGAAUUUCAGCUACUACCCAUCCACCCCGAGAGCCACCCAGCCCCUCUCCAAACAUGACCAAAGACAGGAACCCCUGAAGAAAAGCCGGCAUCUGGGGCUGGCCCAGCCUGCGGACGGGCCCCCCUACAAAGCGAACAAGCUGGAAGACCGGGCUGCUGAACAGGCGAGCCACUCUGCUCCGUCUGAAGAAGACCUCCAGGUGGAUUCGGAAGGGGAUUCCUGUCCUGCCGGCUACCAGUACGGGCAGGGUGCGGAUGCGAGAGGGCUGGCUGUUCCAGAGGACCUGCCUCGGAUGAGGUUCAAAUGCCCCUUCUGCACCCACGUGGUGAAACGGAAGGCAGACCUGAAGCGACACCUCCGCUGCCACACAGGAGAGCGGCCGUACCCUUGCGAAGCCUGCGGGAAAAGGUUCAGCCGGCUGGAUCACUUGAGCAGCCACUUUCGGACGAUCCAUCAAGCUUGCAAGCCCAUCUGCAGAAAAUGCAAGCGCCAUGUCACCGAAAUGACGGGCCAGGUGGUCCAGGAAGGGACCAGACGCUACAGACUUUGCAACGAAUGCCUCUCCGAAGCCGGGAUCGACAGCAUCCGCAUUGACUUGGACACAGAACCGCCCCCGGAGUUCCCUCUGGAAGAGGACAAAGACUCCAACUGGAAUUACAGCGAAGACAACAGAUCCGACGUGGAGAUUGUAGAGGACGGCUCGUCUGAUCUGGUUAUCCAGCAAGUGGAUGACAGUGACGAGGAAGCCGAGGAAAAAGAUGUAAAGCCCAACAUUAGGUAGGUAUGGAGGACUGAUCGGUCGUAGAGUCUCCCCCCAUCUUCCUGUUGCGUCAUCUCAUUCCUUGUCUUGACCGUUGACGCCCAGCCUGCCUACCUGCCGGCCCAGGGUUCAAAUGCACUCUGCUCUGAAGGCUUUCCCUGGUUUGGGGUCAACUGCAUGCAGUGACUGACGGACAUGCCAUUGUCUCUCUUCUGAAUUUAGCUACUCCCAAGUAUCACUAUUUUAUUGCAUAAGGAGGCCUCCGUUUGAAGAUGGCGCGAUGUAUGAACAAUUAUUUGCAAACGGUGACCGUGAUAACUUUUGAUAAUAUAAAAUUAUCCUCUUAAUCCUUUUACAGAAUUGGGAAGCCCUUCAAAAUAAAAGUGAACUUCAUAGUAAUUCAGUUACUGAAUUAAAUUUUUGCACGUAUAAGAGUUUGGUUUAACUAUAAACACAAAUAUGGAAGGUUUAGCAGUGCUCCAGCCUGUACUCGGCCAAGGACAGUAACCUCAGCUAUGUGUUAUCUUAGAAAGACGGCCAGUAGAUCCAAAGGAAUGUAAGUGGACAAUUCAUAAUCCUUCAGCAAGCAUGCGCCUUCUCCAAACCAUCGUUUGUGUAUUAAAAACAGUAAGUUUUCAAAACCAGUUUUUGAUUCCCAAAUCUGUUUUCGGUGAACCCUCUUGGCAGGCCUUGCACCUGGUAGAACAAGUGAGACUUUUCAAAUCCAGCACUGGAACACACAGGUGGGACUGCAGCUUUUCCUCAUGAUGCAUCUGUUCACACGUUGACUUCCUUGACUUUAUGGAAAUGUUACACUGCACCAAACAUGCGAGGUUGUGAGAGGUAAUAUAACCUGUAUUUUCUCAUUUAGCCCAACACCCUGGUGUUUCCUUCAGUGGGGAAGGAAGUCCUGAGAUCCUGAUCUAGUUGCUAUUUAUAGUAAAAUACUAUACUUGUAGCAUUAAGACAGCUUCCUGAUUGACAAAACACCUUUCACUGGCACAGGG